CGCCGGCCGCGGCUUGGCUCCACGGCUCCACUGGACAGUAGACAGUAGACACUAGACAGUCGCCACUUCGCCGAAAGUCCGUCACUGGCUGGCGGCUCCUUUUUUUUCUUUUUUUUUUUCCUAGAGACUUCAUUACCGUUCGGCAUUUGCUGUUUAGUACUGUCUACUACAAUAGAACAAUGCAUUAUUGUACGUUGUAAUACGUCGUACACACCUAUAGGUACCUAGUCACCGAAGACUGAAGAGCGAAGAAGACUGAACCACAACCGCCACUGCUUCGUUUAGGCACCUAGUACUAGUCUGUGGAGUAGUUUACAAUAAAUGUAUGAUGGUGGACAAGAAGAAAUCCAAUCAGCAGAAUCCUGAGCCCUCCAGAAACUACAAAAAUGAAUUGAGCUUACUAUCUGAGGAGAAAGCGAAUGACGUAGUAGAAAGAUCACUAAAAAUAUAUUAUGUUGUAGAAACUUUAAGAAUUACGGAUUCAUUUGAAUGCAAAAUCAAUGAAUUUAUCGAAGCUCAUAUGUUUAUCAUAGAUCAAGAAGUUCAAUAUUUUUUAAAAAAACCCAAACCUAACGAAGAUGAACGUACUGUUGAGUCUAUAUAUUCUGGAAUGGCAGGAAUUGCUUUGUUAUACAAUUUUUAUGCUAACAAAACACAAAACAAUAAUAAAACUGUGGAGGCUAAAAUGAUAAUCGAAAAAUGUUUGUCAGUAUUAGAUGAAAAAUCUGAUAGUGUAACAUAUUUAACUGGGAAAUCAGGUAUAUUUGUAACAGCUACUGAAAUUUAUCGAGAUCUUGGUGAUAUUAAAAAUGCAAAAAAAAUGAUUGAAAAAGUUGUGGAUCUAUUGCCAUCAGCAUUAAAUAAAAAAAUGCCCGAUGUAUUACUUUAUGGGCGAGCUGGAUAUCUAUACUCUUUACUAUUACUUAAAAAGCUGGGAUGGGAGGACCCAGACAGAGAUAAAUUGAUACGCAAGGUAGUGACUUCAAUUUUUAACAACGGUAUACAGACAUGUGAUAAAGAUAAACCAAGAAGAACUUCUCUCAUGUACAAAUGUCACAACAAAAAAUACUUAGGGGCAGCUCAAGGUUUAUCGGGUGUUCUACAUUGCCUUUUACUAGCUAAAAGUUAUCUAACAAAAAGUGAACUGGACGAUCUUAUUAAGCCAGCUCUCGACUAUUUAUUGACACUGAGGUAUAAAUCUGGGAAUUUACCAUCUUCUCUAUGUAAUGAUCCUGAUCGUUUAGUUCAGUGGUGUCACGGUGCUUCAGGUGUCUCACAUACUUAUGCACUAGCUUAUAAAGUUUUUCUAGACGAGAAGUACCUUAAUGCGGCAGUACAAUAUGCUGAUAUUGUAUGGCAACGUGGUUUAUUGACUAAAGGAUAUGGACUGUGUCAUGGCGUUAGUGGAAAUUCUUAUACAUUUAUAUCAUUGUUCCAAUUAACUCGAAAAACUAAAUAUUUAUAUCGAGCUGCAAGAUUUGUUGAUUGGUGCUUAACAACCAACCGUCAAAAUAAAAUACCUGACAACCCAUAUUCAAUGUUUGAAGGUGUUUCUGGUGUUACAUAUGCUCUAAUGGAUGUGCAAGAUCCCUUAGCAGCCAAUUUACCAGGAUUCUAAUUUUUCAACUAUUGCAGAUUACUCAUCUUUUUACGAAACAAUUUUCUAGUCUAUACAAGUUGCCUGUACAAAUUGGAGCUUAAUAAUUAACAAUUUUAUUUAUACACGUUUUAAUAUUAUUUAGAUACAAUUUAUAAUAUAUAUAUACUAAAAGGUAGUCACUCAACUACACAUUUAAAACUGAUAGUUUUCCUAUUUUAAAAUUUUUAUUCUUCAUGUGUGCAAUGUUUUUACUUUUCAAAACAUUUUUUUAAUGCAUAGUUGAUGGUGUUUUUGAUAUCCUUUUAAGAAUACUUAAAUUAAUAAUAUUAAUGAACAAUGGUUCAUUAAUAAAUAAAACAUUUUUAUUGAGACUGGUGAAUUACUAUAGUUAAAUAGUAGAUUUAAAUGUAGCAACAACUUCAAACUCUUUAACUCACUUUAGUUCUCAAAUUAAAACAUUAAUGUCAUACAUUGAUUAUUGAGACUUGAAUAUGUUUAAUGGUUGGGGUUAGGAUGUUUAUGCACUAAAAAAUAAAUAAAUAUGCACUUAUGGAAAUGGAAAAUAUGCAUUAAAUACUUUAAUAUUUUAAUUAUUUUGUUUAAAUUAAAGAUGUUAAAAAAAUUAAUAAAUGUAUUGAUUACAAUUAUAAAUUAUAAUAAAUGUCUUAAUAAAAAGAGUUGCAGUAAACAACAAUAGUUUUUUUUAACCAGUUGUACUCAAUCUUUUUAAGCGACCCAAUUUAGCCCCAAAAAUGUGUCAUGACACAUGGUUUAUUUACAAAAUUACAAAUUAGUUCUACCUACUUAAUACUUUAAUAAUUUAUGUUUUAACAGUUUUAAAAUCAUACAUUACUUAGAAUCUAUAUAAUUCUAAACACCUCACUACCCACAGUUUAAGAAACGCUGUUUUAAAUGGUUGACUUGUAUGUGGAAGUGUAUCUCAGAAUAUCAAUGUAGGGUUAAUAAAUAAACAAUCAUUUUUAUGUAAUCAGAUAUUACAAAUACAGAUUCAAUUUAAGUUAAUUUUUUUUUCUUCGUAUUUUUUAUUAAAAACCAGAAAAUAACAAAAGUAUCAUGGUACUGUUAAGCUAAAUUUCGAAAAAUAUGUAAAUACAUGCAAAAUAAAAUGUUGGUAUUUGAAUCUAGACUAUAAAAAAUGUUUAUCAUAUAAUACAUGCAAUAGGACAAUUAAGAAAAAGAACAUGCAAAAUCAUAAAGAUCCUAACCCUAAUAAUGGUAUUUAUAAUUUAAUUUUAACUUAUUUUUUAUAAUACAUUUUAACAAAUAAAAUGUAUAUUUUAAAGUUGUUAAGGAUUAGAGCUCUAAUAGAUGAAUACAAAUAAACGAAUACAAAAAUAUACAUAAAUACCCAAUAAACAUGUUCAUAGGGAAAACUUUGGGUCAGGCCAGUUUGGCCAUGGCCUGACCUAAUACUAACUGAACAACAUACUGACUUAAUGAAAUUUAAAUUUAAAUAAAAAACUUAUUUUGUGAUUAGAUUUUUUUUUAACAUUUAUCAUUUGUUCUGUCUUAAUAACAUUUUUAGUUUCGGCCAUGCAAAUGUUAUGUUAUUUUUUUUUUCAAAUGACUUGAACAGACCUGUAUUAAAUAAGUGCAACUAUUAUUUUUAAUCUAACUGAAGUAUAAUGGAGGAUCAAAAUUAAAAUAAAACUUUAUUCAAAUUACUUUGUUAGAACCAUUAACUUUUAUGAUUUAUUUAAUAAAUAAAAUUGUUAAAUUAAUUAUUCCUAUUAUUUUAAUGUGUUGAAAUUAUAUACUAAUACACAAAACAA